AAGUUACUGUUUAAUGAGCAGAGAGUUUCAGUUUUGCAGGCUGAAAAGAGAUCUGGAGCUGGACGGUGGUGAUGGUUGCACAGCAGUCUGAGUGUGCUCCAUGCUACUGAUCUGUGCCCUUACGAUAGUUACAAUGGUAUAUUUUAUGUUACAUAUAAUUUACCACAAUUUAAAGAAAAUUUUUAAAAAGUACAAAUUCCCUUAAAAAAAAAAAAAAAAAAAAAGGCCAGGCGAGAAACACUAGUCCCAUGAACCACAGUCUUUGCCUCUCUGUGACUUCCUCAAAAUCUAACUGACAGCUCCACUGAGGGCCUCUAGCUCUGAGCUGAACCAGAAACUUUUCGCUUGGCCCCUGUGGAGAAGCUCAGGGCAGGAAACUUUCUCUUCACCCUGGUGGCUGAGUUCUGGAGGCCAUAAUGUCGUGGAUUUCUGUGGAGCUGGCAGAGCUCACGCCUGCAGGACUCUGAGAGGAGGAUGCCUGGGGCAGGACCUGUGCCCGUUGCCGCUGGGCACAGCAUGGAGCACCCCAGCAAGAUGGAGUUCUUCCAGAAGCUGGGCUACGACCGGGAGGACGUGCUCCGGGUGCUGGGCAAGCUGGGAGAGGGCGCCCUGGUCAACGACGUGCUGCAGGAGCUUAUCCGCACAGGCAGCCGCCCGGGGGCCCUGGAGCACUCGGCUGCACCCAGGCUAGUGCCUCGGGGCUCCUGUGGGGCCCUGGACUCUGCCCAGCGUGGCCCGGGGACAGCCCUGGAAGAGGACUUCGGAGACCUGGCCAGUUCUCUGCGACCCAUAGUGAUUGAUGGCAGCAAUGUGGCAAUGAGCCAUGGAAAUAAAGAAACCUUCUCUUGCCGGGGAAUCAAGCUGGCUGUGGACUGGUUCAGGGACAGAGGACACACCUACAUCAAAGUUUUUGUUCCAUCCUGGAGGAAGGACCCACCAAGAGCUGACACCCCUAUCAGAGAGCAGCACGUGCUGGCGGAGCUGGAGCGGCAGGCGGUGCUGGUGUACACGCCAUCCCGCAAGGUGCACGGCAAGCGCCUGGUCUGCUACGACGACCGCUACAUCGUGAAGGUGGCCUACGAGCAGGACGGCGUCAUCGUCUCCAACGACAACUACAGGGACCUGCAGAGCGAGAACCCCGAGUGGAAGUGGUUCAUCGAGCAGAGGCUGCUCAUGUUCUCCUUCGUCAACGACCGGUUCAUGCCUCCUGAUGACCCCCUGGGCCGCCACGGACCUUCCCUGAGCAACUUCCUGAGCAGGAAGCCGAAGCCCCCAGAGCCAUCCUGGCAGCAUUGUCCCUAUGGCAAGAAAUGCACCUACGGCAUCAAGUGCAAGUUCUACCACCCGGAGAGGCCGCACCACACGCAGCUGGCGGUGGCCGACGAGCUCCGCGCCAAGACAGGGACCCGGCCUGGCGCGGGCGCAGAGGAGCAGCUGCCACCGAGAGCCCCGGGCGGCCCCGCAGGAGCCCGGGCGGCCCCCCGGGAGCCAGUUGCGCACAGCCUCCCGCUGGCGCGGGGGUCCCCAGACCUGGUCGCCCUGCAGGGGAGCUUCUCUCGGAUGACCUUCAGCGACAACCCGGAGCCCCUCGGGCCGCCUCCCCCGGGCCACGCCUGUGGCCUCACGACCCGACUGGGAGGGCCCGACUGGGUUUCCGCGGGCUGCCAGGUGCCAGGCCUGCUCAGCUUCCCUAGCCCGGAGAGCCAGUUCUCACCGGGCGACCUCCCGCCUCCGCCCGGCCUGCAGCUCCAGCCGCGGGGCGAAGACCGCCCUAGGGACCUGCACGGCGACUUGCUUUCUUCGCGCAGGCUGCCCGACGACCCGUGGGCCCGUCUACCCCGCUCCGACCGCUUCCCUGGGCGCUCCGCCUGGGCGGAGCCGGCCUGGGGCGACGGCGCCACUGGGGGACUUUCAGGGUACGCAGCCGAGGACGAGGGGGAGGCUCGUGCCCGGGCUCGCAUUGCGCUCUACAGCGUCUUCCCGCGCGACCAGGUGGACCGCGUGAUGGCCGCGUUCCCGGAGCUCUCCGACCUCGCCAGGCUCAUCCUCCUGGUGCAGAGAUCCCAGAGCGCGGGGGCGCCGCUGGGCAAGCCCUAAGGGACCACCACGCCCUUGCAGGGAAUGGCCCAGCCUCGCCUUGCGUCUUGGACGGGUAGACCUGUGGUUGGCAGCCUGGACCUGAGUGGGCCCACCGUGGCGCCCCCUUUUCUUUAAAGAUGGUCAAGGAAGCCUGCUUCCUCCUCCUCAGCAGGGUUGUGGGGGCUUCGUGGAACUUGGUGAUACUCACUGAGGCCUGCUGCGGGGAGGUCCACCUACUUCCGUGGAGGGAAUGAUUUUCCAUGUGCACGGAGACUUCAGGUCCAAGCUGCAGUAGAAUCCACAAGUGGGUAACAAAAUCAAUUUAGUGGGUCACCACCACAAACAGCGGACUGGGACAGGUCAGAGCGCACCCUGUGCAAUCAGGCUGAGUCUGAACUCUUGUUACCUAGCCUGUGUCCCUACCCUCUUGGCAGCCGUGUAACUAACCUCAGUGUGGGUCGUAGUCAGAAGUUUAAAAAAGACUGUGAAUGGUCUUGAA